AUGUGUAUCUGCGAGUUUUGGACCGACUACCAGGGAAAUCCUUUUCCUAUGCGCCUUGCAGCCGCUCCCGCUAUGUACGUUGUCCCGCGAUCUGUGAUCUCCAUGGCUUGCGUAGGAGGCGUGCAAGUACUCGAGAGUCCUUUUGCACCAUUGCUCCCUCCUGGUCAGGCUUGGAUCGUGCUCGGCUACCCCCGAAAGCACCAAGACUCCCCCCUGGAGAUUCGCCUAAGCAGCUCGCCAAACCUCCCAGGAAGAAUCACGCAGGGGCCACCGGCCGGCGGUCACAGCGACUUCAAAAAUAAGUCCCAGAAGGAUUAA